CUCUUUGAGUCGAACUGAGGCUUUCGGGACGGCGGCGGGAAGAUGGCGGCCCCCAGGGACGAACCUGGAUCCGUGGAGGCAGAGGGCAGCUCCGGUCGCCAGGGGAGCUCGGGAGUCAAGGUGGUGCUUCCCUCCGAUCAAGCCACCCCCGCCCCGCUGUGCCCUCACGGACCCACUCUUCUGUUUGUAAAGGUGAACCAAGGGAAAGAAGAAACACGGAGAUUUUAUGCCUGCUCAGCUUGUAGAGAUAGAAAAGAUUGUAAUUUUUUUCAAUGGGAAGAUGAGAAGUUGUCUGAAGCCAGACUUGCUGCCCGAGAAGCUCACAACCAAAAAUGUCAGCCCUCUUUAUCCCGAUCGCAGUGUGUGGAAAGGUACUUGAAGUUUAUUGAGUUGCCCUUGUCUCAGAGAAGGUUCUGUCAAGGAUGUCAGCAGUUGCUGCUGCCAGGCGAUGGGGAGCAGCAUCGUGAGCAUCAGGUCGUGGGUGACAUUUCUAUCACCCAGUUAAAAAGGCCCAGUCAACUCCUUUAUCCCCUGGAAAACAAGAAGACAAAUGCCCAGUAUUUGUUUACUGAUAGGAGCUGUCUGUUCUUGGUAGACCUGCUCUCUGCCCUCGGCUUCAGGAGAGUCCUGUGUGUGGGGACGCCAAGGUUGCAUGAGCUGAUCAGGUUGAAAGCAUCAGGGGACAAGAAGUCUAACAUUAAAAGCCUUUUAUUGGAUAUUGACUUUCGGUAUUCACAGUUUUAUAUGGAAGACAGUUUUUGCCAUUAUAACAUGUUUAACCAUCACUUCUUCGAUGGAAAGGCUGCCCUUGACGUGUGCAGAACGUUUCUCCAGGAAGAUAAAGGUGAAGGAGUCAUUAUGGUGACAGAUCCUCCCUUUGGUGGCUUGGUUGAACCUCUGGCUGUUACAUUCAAGAAGUUAAUUGCUAUGUGGAAAGAAGGUCAAAGCCAAGAUAACGGGCACAAAGAAUUACCCAUAUUCUGGAUUUUCCCCUAUUUUUUCGAAGCCCGAAUUUGUCAGUUUUUCCCAAGCUUCUGCAUGCUGGAUUACCAGGUAGAUUAUGAUAAUCACGCACUUUAUAAACAUGGAAAGAGAGGGCGGAAACAAUCUCCUGUGCGGAUUUUCACCAAUAUCCCGCCCAACAAAAUAGUCCUUCCCAUUGAAGAAGGGUACAGAUUUUGCUCUCUGUGUCAACGAUAUGUUUCUGUAGAGAAUCAACACUGUGAACACUGUAAUUCUUGCACAUCCAAGGAUGGCAGAAAAUGGAACCAUUGCUUUCUUUGCAAAAAGUGUGUAAAGCCUUCCUGGAUCCACUGUAAUACUUGCAGUCACUGCGCUCUUCCAGAUCAUUCUUGCCAGGGCCCUAAAGACGGCUGCUUUAUUUGUGGUGAAUUAGAUCAUAAACGCAGUACUUGUCCCAACAUCUCUACAACGAAGAAAGUUAACACAGCUGUCAGAAAGCAGAAGCACAGAAAAAGCAGUAAGAUGAAAAUGGAGACCACUAAAGGACAAUCCAUGAAUCAUACAUCUGUUACAAGGAAGAAGAAAAGGAGAGAACGAGCCCAUCAAUAUUUUUGCUCUUAAAUGUCCAGUGACUUGAGAAUAAGAAAGAUUUAUAGUCCAA